AUGCGAAAAGGCACUGCGGCAGCUAAACGCAAACAGUUGCAACAGUUGCGGCAACACCAUCAACAACUUUUGGCCUCCGAUUUGUCGUUGGCAUCGUCGCCAACGCGUUUGGCUGCCGCAUUGAUAUCAUCGGCAGUGGCACUCAGUGCAGCAUCAACUUCGGCCGCUGCAGCAGCAGCAGCUUCAGCAUCAGGAUCAGCGACAAUUGUAAAUAGUCAUCAUCACAGUAGCAGCAGCAGCAGUCACAGCCAUAAUAUGCAACAACAGCGCCUUCAUCACCAGCAGCAGCACUCCCACAGACAUCACCAUCAUCAUUCGCAUAAUCACCAAUCGCACAAUCAUCAUCAGUGUCGCUCGAAACGCAAACUACAAAAAUUGUAUUAUACGCUUUGCCGUUAG